AUGUCUGGGAUAACUGCGCUGAAGAUAAAACACAACCCGUUUGCUAAAGCGUUCCUUGAUGCGAAGGAAAGGAGUCAUCCUAAGAAUCAUCUAGAACCUCCAGUUGAGAACCAGCACAUGGGCAUCCCGCACUGCGGAUGGUUCAUAUCAAACCCAGACUCUUUGUGUUCUGCUAGUGGUGGAAACUUUCCAUAUCCAGGAGGUUUACCGCUCACUCAUCAUCACCAUGGGUAUAAACACUACCCAAGUCUACAUGGGCAUCGGGCAGCCCCGUACCCAUCGCCCUACCUGCCCCGCCAUCAUCACCGUGGCCAUAACACAGUUUCUUUAUCAGACAAUUUGAGUCCAGGCAUGCAGAUGUUCUCCGGUCACGAGAGCUGGACAGGUGUGUCUCCUCCAGGUCCUGCUGCCAUGCUGUCCAUGCAACCUGCUCCAAACUCACCUGGAGCCAGCAGUCAAUAUCCCUGCCUGUGGACUGUGAGCAGCUGCACCGUCUCCUCCAGUCCUCCAGGAGGCGUUGUGAGCCUUACACACGGCCAGGAUGAGCCUGCGGACGGUGCAUCUACUUCUGCUUCACCGUGCUCUUUACUGCAGGCCCACGGACCAACCGGCUCAGAUGGUGCCGUAGAUCCAGCCAAUCACAGUAGGGUAGGCGGGAUGAGCUGGGCUUCUGUCACCACCCACUCGUUCUAAGCAAAAUCAUUUAAUCUGAAAUAAUUAAAAGCGUACAUGAAAUAUGAUCAGCGGGUUAUGAAAUCCAUGAGUAUGAAU